CUAAACCGGCUCUCCGGUCCGCUGGAAAGAGGCAGCCCUACGGGAACGAGUAUCCGACCGUCGAAGAAUUCGAAAUUUGAACCGUCGUCUCAAGCGAAUAAAAACCCUCCCCAACGGUCACUUUUCCUCGACUCCCUUGAGAAGGAAGACGAAGAGCAGUCAGUUUCCCGGUGGAUAUUUUCUUGCAAGGGAAGAAGGAGAGAUUUUUUUUUGGUGGAUUAAAAGGAGAGAUUUUUCAGUGGAAGAAUAAUCGAGGAAGAAGAAGGAUCUCCUAUUGAUUUCUCCAAGAAAUCUCUCUCUCCAAAUUCGCGAUUUGGCAUCGUCAAUCCCACCCCUUCUGAUUCCCAAAGAAGAAACAUGGAAUUUACCCAAGACGCCGAUGAGAACAGUGGGCGUUUUCACAAAGUUAUGGGGCCAAGAUCACAGAAUCCGGGGAAAGGAACCAAGAACUCCAACCCUUCAACCACAUCAACAAUUUCAAAGAAGAAGAUCUUGGCCGAGAAGAAUGAUUCUCUUCUCUCAGAUUCUUAUGAUCUCUACGACGACAUAACCUCACAAGAAAAUGCCGUGGUGGUUUCGGGCCAUCCUGGUGCCCAUUCUCGAGUCAUGCCCCUUUGUUUGAAGGUCUUCAAGUCUGGUGAUCAAAAUGCAAUCAGCUCUGAUUGUUCUCAUUUGGCUCCUUAUGAUCCGCUGAUCAAUUACACAUCCCCUAGGCCAGAGUUCCUCCGCUACAACCCAAACAGGUGUAAAGAAAUUCUUCAGCGCAUUGAGGGAGAGAUGAAGAAAGAAGAAGAGGGAUCAGAGGCCGACUGGAGCGCUUCAUCUGAUUCCAAGAAGAUUCUUCAGGGCAUAGAGGGAGAGAUGAAGAAAGAAGAAGAGGGAUCAGAGGCAGACUGGAGCUCUUUAUCUGAUUCCAAGAAGAUUGCCGCGGGGGAAUCGUCAUCAGUGUCUUCCACACCUUUGCAGACAUCCUUCCAAGAUAAAGAUGUUGGAGACGGUGAGGAAGGUAUUAGUGAUGCCCAGGACGACGAUGACACAGAAGAGGAGGAGGUGGAAGUGACGCAUUGGUAUUGUAGAAUUGCGUGGAGGCUGUUUCUUCUACUUGGGGUUUUGCUGCCCUCUUUCUUUUAUAUAUAUUUUUUGAAUUAUGCUUCUGUUCCUACUUUAAAAGAAUAUGGAGGCCUUGAAGAAACUCAUCAGAUGAUUCGAUAUGGAGGGCUUGAUCAACGAACCCAUAGUGGGAAUAAAUUUCCUGGAAAUUUCUGGGGGAUUUUAAUGGGAUUGUCAAAUGAGUGCUUUGACAUACAUUCCAGGGAAUUAUCAUGUCCGCUUGAUGGCUUUAAAAGGGAAGUCCCAGAGGAGAAGGAUUUGGAAGAAGGAAUAUCAAUUAUCCAUCUCAGAAAUUUAACUGAAGAUGAACAGUUGAAUGAAAAAUUUCUAACGUUCGAGGAUACUGCUAGAAAGGAUGCGUCUGAGGAGAAGCAAUCCUUUGAUGGAAAUGGAACUGAACUAAUAACAGAAAGAUAUAGAGAUACAUUGCUUGAGAAUGGGACAUUAGGUGGUGUUGACUUAGUGGCUGAAGAAAUGAGUGAGGAGGUAGGUAGUUCUAAUGAGCUUGAGCAGGAACCAUAUAUUGAAGGAAACCCUGAGGCAGUUAAAGGUGCAGGGAGUGAAAAAGUUGAGAUUUUGGAAGCUGAGUCGGCAGAGGUACACAAUAUUGCUCAGCUUUUGAAAGAAUCUUCACAAGUUUCAGAUACCGAAUUGCUUUCAAUUGACUCGUCAUUUGGUCAAGAUGCACUCAAUGGAUGUGGUUCUUUUGAACCAAUGAAAGAUUUUGGAGAGGAAGCACAAGUUAUGGGCAAUUCUGGUUUUGAUGAAUCUUUGCAGAUUCCUCAGUCCAAGAUUGUUCCGAGCACAUCAUCCAAUAAUCAGAAGCUAGAAGAAUCUGAAAUCUUCAGUAAUUCUGAUAUAAAAUUGAAAUGGGACAGCAUUUAUCUGUCUGCAUCAAAGUAUGUGCUGCAACUGCUAUAUAUUUUGAUAUGUUUGUCAACAAUAAUUGUUUUUAAUGGAUUGCACAAAUACUUCUUAAAAUUUCACAAGAUCUCACCACCUGAAUCCCGCAUUCCUCCUGCACUCAAACCAGCUUAUGAGUUAGCACUGGAGAAGAAAAGUAGUUCAGUUGUGUCUGCGAAGAAAGAAGUGGAGAACAAGGGUAGUGAUUCAGAUGUUUAUCAGAUGCCUCUGACUCAUUCGAAUGAUGAACAAAUGAAGUUUAAAGGAGUUCAACCACCAGCAGUGGAAUUGCUUUCAGAGUUCUCAGUUGUAGAAGGAACUAUCUCUGGGAAAGGUUCUCGUCAGAAAGUGAGAAUGUUAGCUGCCUCAGCUGAAGAAUCACAGUUCUUUCAAUCUCAAAGGAAGAUUUCAGUGAAGAAGACCCUUCCAUCUUCAGCUAAUAAGGUUUAUCCAUCUCCUUUAGAGUUUUCUUCAUUAGCAACAGAGUCCACCUCAACUGGAAAUUCUACAGUUCGGAAGCUGCAAAAGAAAAAGGAUGCUGGAGAUAGAGAAGAGGUAGUCAAGUUGGCAUCUACUCCUCUGAGGCGCUCAAGCCGACUCCGCAAACGGGUUACUUCUCCUUGAGCUGAAGAUGAGACAGCUCUUUAGUGCUGAUCGAAACAGCAUCCUGUUGUUGUUUCAUGUUCUGAUCUCUGACUUGUUGUAUUGACAAAACAAAUGCUUUCCUAUUAGUGCUGUACUAUGAGAAGGCUUGACACAACUGAAUGAUUAUUUUUUACAUGUAACUCUUCUCUCCUGCUUAACAGCUUUAACUCUGCAUGCAAAAGAAAGCUGAGGAGUUUCAGAGUGCAUCUCAUAUAAUUUUUGCCU